UGAAUGCUACAUUGAUUGGUGCAGAUCUCAUCAGUUUCAGUUCCUCAGUGAGAGUUUGGGAGUUUGAGCCUCUGGAGGAAUAGUUUUGGUCAGUCUCUGCUCUGAAGAAAAGACGUGAGUUUGAAAAUGGGAGGCUCCUAUUGGCUGUUGCUGCUGGUGGGCGGGAUUUCACUGCUGUCAAUCAUCCGCUGUGACGUCUGUCCCCACGAUGGCCGUCCGGGAGUGAAAGGGACUCCGGGACGAGAUGGAUUUCCAGGACCCAAAGGAGAGAAGGGAGAGCCAGUGCUGGAGCAGAAGACAGGCUCUUUUGUGACGCUGAAGGGAGACGCAGGGCCGCGCGGUGCCCAGGGCCCGAUGGGUCCAAAAGGCUACAGUGGGCGGCUGGGCCCCCGAGGAGAGCCUGGACCACCAGGGUCCCCAGGCCUAGACGGAGGGCAGAUCGGCCAGGCUGAGGUGGCACCACAGAGGAAUGUCGCUUUCUCUGCGAUCCAGACAAAUGUUAGGUAUCCCACACCUGGACAGACUGUGCUGUUUGAGCGAUUUUUGGUGUCGGCCAGAGAGUUUGACCUGCAGACCGGAGAGUUCACCUGCAAAGUACCUGGAGCCUAUUACUUCACCUUCAACAGCGUCGCCAAGGUGUCCAUGUGUCUGGGCAUCAACAGCGACGCUCUGACUCAACGACUCGGGUUCUGUGACUUCGGCAAUCGCAAUGUUGACCAGAUCCUCUCUGGGGGCGUGGUGCUGCAGUUGCAGGCGGGGCAGAAAGUUUGGCUUGAAUCUUUUCGUGAAAUUCAGCAACCCUCAGACUUCGCCGACAGAAGAGAAAAACAAAUUAUCUUCAACGGCUUCAUGCUUUUCUAAUUCGGAAUUCUGAUGUUUCCAUGCAAAGUUUUGUUUUUAUUCUCUUUUCAGGACUGUUUUCAAUAAAUACUAGAAAAGAAAGUGUGAAAA